GCAGCCAGAGAGACGUAACAUGGCGGAGAGAGGCAGCAAGCGGCUGCGGUCCGCACAUUUUCCAGCCCAGCAGUAGAACUGUUCGGUGUUGGUCGAGUUUCACAGCUUUGAAGUGAAGCGACACAACUUCAAGAGAAAAAACGGCUGUGGACAUUAGCCGCAAGGGAGCUAUCUGAGAUGAGCCGACACGCGACAGGCGUCCAGGGGUCGGUGCAGGAGUGGCCCCCCUCCCCUCCGCUGCCUGCGGAUCAUGUGCUCCACUCUGCAGCCGUGGUAUUCCCUGGUGCUUUUGAUCAACAUGGCUGCCCUUUGAUCAUGUUCCCAGUAGACGAACAAGCCAAACUCUCCUCCGAUCUCAGCAAAGCAGAAGUGGUGGACUUCAUAAAUUACUUUCUGGGUCUGCACAAUAGGAAGCACGAGAAGGAGGGCUUGGUGUCGGUGGUGGCUGAUCUGAGGCAUGCAUCCCUCCCAACCAUUAGGUUCAUCGCUGAGACUCUGCUUCUGCUCGAGCUGCACAAGAGGACCGUCCACACUGUGUACAUAAUUCUGCCCAAAAAGAAGGAUGUAGUGAAGCUGUUGCUGAAGCUCCUGGCUCCCUCAAAGUCCUACACUGCCUCAUUCAAGAAAGUCCUUCUGAAAGAAGUCCCAGAGCUCUCAAACUACAUUGACCGAAGCCAGCUGACGCCAUCGCUGGGCGGCUACCUUGUGUACUGUCACCAGAGUUGGGUGGCCUUCAUUAAGGAGGUCGAUAAGUUUGUUCAGGACUUCCUGUCGGUGGUCCAGCGGCUGCCUUCCUCCAUCUCCACCCUGCAGGCUCUGUCCAGGCUGCCGCUGCCCUCCACCUUCAGAGAGCUCCAGCACUUCUGCUCCACCAACGAAGCCACGUUCCUGCAGCUCAGGAGGGAGCUGGGUCUGGAUGAGCUGCAGAAGCACUGUGAGAGGAUCGUGGAGAAGCUGCGGCACCCUGAUAAGGAGCCUUGUUACCAGGCCAUGGCCGGCACCGCCCUCUUCACCCACACCGCCUUCGACAUGCUGCGGAACCACAGCAGGAUCUGUGCAGCGGUGGAGAAGGUGGAGCAGCUGUGGCAGCAGGCCUUCUCUAAGGCCCACCUCCAGCUGCAGGUGUUCCAGCUGCGAGAGGAUGCUCUGCAGAUCACAGAACAGAUCAAAACUCUUCUUGAGGAGAAACUCCAGCCCUACAAAAUAGAGAUCGCCAAAGAAGCGUCACAGGCAAUGAUGCUGGUAUCCCAAUUUGAGGCAUCCAUCCACAGACCUGCUAUGGCUCUGGUCCGUUGUGCUGAAGAUGUGAUCCACACUGCGGCGGAGGUGCUGCUGCUGGACGGGCAGAGCAGGGAGCGCUGGGUUCUGGAUGUGGAGCGGCUGAAGGACAAACUCCACUCUGCAGUUCACUUCAUCCUGCAGACCCUGCGAGCCGUCUCCAGCUACCACCAUCACUACUGCAAGGCCAGCAGCUGGUACUGUCUGGUCCUCAGCGAGAACUUCCUGCAGGCUCUGCUGUCUGGAGUCAGCAGAGACGGUGGAUCCACACAGAAGCAGAGGAGGGACUAUGGGAGCAUCCCUGCAUGGAGAUACAACAUGUCCACCUUCCUGAAGAAGAACCCCCCUCCAGAUGUGGAGGAGCUGGUUCAUCUGGCACAUCUGUCCACUGCCAUCCCUGACGAUGAAGUCCUGCAGGCUGGGAAAAAGAUGUCUCAGCGAUGCAUGACCCUAAGGAAGCUCCUCAUGUCUUCUGGCCCCGUGGCUGUGGGCCAGCUGCAGCGGGCCCUGCAGUGGCAGUACGAGCUGUUGAGGAGCAGCCAUGUUUAUCUCCCCCCUGCUGACGGUGCUUCAAACAGAACAACUGAAGAGGUUCAGGACCUCACUGUAAAGGAAAAGAAAGUAUCCCACCUUCCACAAACUGUCUCUGCUACAGCGGAGGGCAAACCCCCCUCCCUCAGCUCCUUCGACUCGGGCUUCGAUGGAGCUGGGAGCAGCCAGCUGGAGGCCUGGGGGGGGCGGGAAGGAGUGGAAGGUCUGUGCACAUCAUUGGGGAUUAGGGACUCUGUGAGACCUGCCUCCAGUCAGCCUGAAAUCCACAAGGAGAGUCUCUCCAGUGUUUCUGAUCCUGAAGACCUCAGAGAGGAGUUUGGCUCCUUGGGAAAUUCUUCCAGGGCGAGCAUCCACAUCGUCCCUAAAGUAACCGUGGAUUCCCUCAACCUGGAGAUAAAAGUGAAGCGCUCAGCCGCCCUGCCCAGUAACCCCUGGCUCAGCUUGCCGGUGGACAACCUGGAAAACUCUUACACCGUUACCAUCACGCAGAACCCGACGCCGCACAAGAACGACCCACAGUCAGACCCCUCUGACCCCUGCAGCUGUCGGGAUCAGCCCACACAGACGGACGUGUUGAGCCGCACACAGCCCACAGACUGGGCUCUACACUCUCAGAGCCGCUUGGAGGACCCUGAUCUGAGUCCCAUUCGCAACGUCCUCUCCAGCACCAUCACAGAGGGCAGAGAGCACUCUAUCUGCACCACGGAGGGGGGGGGCACUCUCCUCUGGGAUUCCUAUGACCUCCAUGAGCAGAAUCAGGAUGCUGUGGAUGGUGUGAUGGACAUCUCUGUGAAUGACUGGGAGGUGAAGGAGCAGGAGGGUUUGAGGGAGGUGGAGCAGAUCCUGGUCAGGGCCGAUGAGAUGCUGGAGAAAGAGGAGAAUGUCCUGGCUCAGGAGGCGGUGCUGGAGGCCCUGCUGAGGGCCGAGGACAGGGACCAGUGGCCCCUAUGGGACAAUGAGUCCCAGCUCACUGCGAUGUCCUCCAGUGAACUGGCAGAAGCUGGUGUUCUCGGCCUCCAGGAUGACCUCGACCCUGCAGAGUCUGACCGCCUCAGUGAGCCCUCAUCAGCUGGAUCUGUGGGUGGAGCUAAGGCUUCUGAAGAGGAGGGGCUCCGCUCUGAUGCAGCAGUAUUUCACAGCAGGCCGGACCUGCUGACUGAAUUAAGGAAAGUCCACAUCCUGGAUGAGCUGAUCAUGGAGGAGAACAUGAAGAUCCACAAGCUGCGGAGCUGCAUGGAAAGCCCAGAAGAGUCUGCGAGCAAACCUUCAAUCAUAAACGAGCCAAGCAAAGAGAGGGAGGCUUUCAGGAUACAACUGGAGAAGGAGAAACGGGAGGUGGAGAAGCUAGAGAAGAGCUUGGACAAAGAGCGGAGGGUGAACAAGCACAAGGACAGGACUAGAAGGGUAGUAAAAUGUUCUAUAAUGGAGAAGGCUAGAAGUAAGGAGGACCAAGCCCUCUGUGAUGAGCUUUUAUCAAGAAGUUGUAACGGAUCACAGAGAACUCAUCCUUCAGUCCAGAGCGAGGCUCAGGGUCAGGAUACCUGUGAGACUGAACAUAUUGUGUCAGACCCUGAUGCUGCCAAAGAGGCUACACCACAAGACUUGGUUCAACUUCCUGAUUCAGAUUGUCCAGAGGAUAGCUCUGGAGCGGAGCCGUCAGUAUUUAAUAGACAUACCUUAAAUAAUACCUCUGAUUUAAAGGUGGGUAUCCAGCAUCAGGGAUGUAUCUCCGAGAGCGAAUCAGACGGAUCUAGUGAAAAUGCUUCUCUAGCCUCUGAAAUAAAGCCAGAUGACGGAUCAUUUGACCCAGGUGGUAUAUCUGCCCAUCCUCCAGUGCCUCAGCCAAGGAAAGCUUCACUUCCUGUGGACAGCAACCUGCAACACGAACCCCCUCACUCCUCAGAGCGGCAGAAUCCAGAGUGGCCGUCUGUUAGUCCAGAUCCUGGGGAUGCACCACCAGAGACUGUGACUGCAGCUGUCCCUCACAACGUUGUCCUCAAUCCAAAUGUGAAGGAGCACAGCAACAACAACAAUAACAACCAUGCCCUCCCUGAGGAUAUAGACACUGAAGAGCAUGCAUCAGUGGGACCUGCACAUUUGCUCCAGACAGAUUUGAAGCCAGCAGAGGAAGUGCAUGCUCUAUAUCCUGCAGCGAAGCCCCCGGCCCCCCAGCUGCCCCCCGACCUGUCUCAGGAGGUUGAACGUGGCGGGGGAGAGGAGCAGAGAGAGGACUUCCCUGAUGCUGUUCAGAGCUCUGACACCAUGAGGGGAUCUGGGGGCUGUGGGUUAUCAGGGAUUCAAGCCCAGCUCAACAUCAAUACCACACAGAUGACAGAUUUUAAGACCCCCAUAGUUCUGGAUACAGGCUCUGGUUUGAUGAAAGCAGGAUUUGCAGAUCAGGACCUCCCAACCAUUAUAUUCCCAACAAUCAUUGGGAUGCCAAAAUACGAGGAGAUAAUGAAUGGUAACCUUGAGAGGGACACCUACAUCGGACACGAGGCUCAGCACAUGAGAGGGGUCCUGGCUCUGAAGCAUCCCAUAAAGAACGGGAUCAUUCGUAACUGGGACGACAUGGAAAAGAUUUGGAACCACACGUUCCAGCAGCUGGGUGUGGACCCGGACGAUCACCCUGUCCUGCUGACGGAGGCGGCCAUGAACCCCCUGGGAAACCGGCAGCGCAUGGUGGAGAUCAUGUUCGAGUGCUUCGGUGUUCCCUUCACCUACGUGGCCCUGCAGGCCGUGCUGGCCCUGUACGCCGCAGGGCGAUCCACCGGUGUGGUGUUUGACUCUGGAGACGGGGUGAGCCACAGUGUGCCGGUGUUUGAGGGGUACUGUCUGCCUCAUGCUGUGCAGCGCUUCCCUCUGGCUGGUGUGGAUGUUACAAUGCAUCUAAAAAAGCUCCUGCAGGAACAAGGGGUCAGCAUGCGCACCACAGCGGAGAUGGAGAUCGUAAGGGAGAUGAAGGAGAAGUGCUGCUGUGUGGCUCUCAACUAUGAGGCUGAGCUGAGUCAGGGGGGGGCUUCCAGCGGAGAGAUGCAUUACAACAUGCCAGACGGACAGAUCGUCACCCUCAGCUCGGAGAGGUUCAGGGCCCCUGAGAUCCUCUUCAAACCUGAGCUGAUUGGACGGGACCAUUAUGGGAUGCAUGAGAGCGUCUUUAAGUCAAUCCUCAGCUCAGACAUCGACCUGCGGCGCAGCUUCCUGGGAAACAUCAUCCUGUCAGGCGGUAACACUCUGCUGCCCGGCCUUCCUGAGCGGCUCCAGGCUGAAAUCAAAACACUGGUUCCCUCCGACACUGGGGAGAGCGUUCACGUCACCAGCCCCAAGGACAGAGACUUCUCAGUGUGGAGCGGGGGGGCAGUGCUGGCCAACCUGCCCACCUUCAGCUCUGCCUGGAUCAGCCGGGAGGAAUACGAGGAGCACGGGCCGCAGAUCGUCUUCAGGAAGUGCUUCUGAGUAACAAGUGCAAUACAGCUCUAAUACAGUGCCAUGGACUGGUAUGAGCCAAUAUAACCUUUUAAUAUUUGUCUUUUUAUGUAUUAAGUUGUCAGUUUACCCUCUCUCCAUCAGUGCGGAUCCUCAUUUGAAAGACACUAGGGUUUCUACCGACCUGCUGCUCUCUGUACGGCUUUUCUUGUCAGAUCCACAGUCCUGGGAGGGAGGAAGCUGCUGUUUGUCAUUCAAUCCCUUUCAGUCUGUUGUUCCUCAAUAACUUUUCUUUAUAUCUAAAGGUUCCUAUUUUGGGAAUAUAUAUAUGUCUCAAGAAUUUAAUUUUAAGUCUAUAGAUGUUUUUGGGACACGGAUUAAAGCUGGCCUUUAAUCGAUGUUUCCAGUAUAAGCAUAUAAGGGACAUGAAGAGAACUAAAUAUGCCGACUCCAAAAGUAUUUAUCUAAUAUGAAACUAUGGUGUAUUUAUUCAGCAAUUUAAAAUGAAUUUGCUACAACAAACUAUCUUUGUGUGUGUUGGAAAUGGUGAAAGUUGCAUUUAUUUUGGAAUCGGGGCCGGUGCAGCUGAGUAAUGGUCACUAGUAUGAUUUUUGUUUUGAAUUACAGCAUCAUUCAAUCCUUUUUAUCAUGAUUAUUAGGGCCAAUGUUAGGAAAAAUACAUUCAUAUAAUAUCAUGACUUAGUAAUCAUGACAUUGAUCUUUCUUUUCACCAGAAUUUGUAUUGAACUGUUACUAUUUAGUUUUGUUAAUUUUUUUAACAAAGUACAUGACUUUCAGAGUGUUUUCCUGUUUUUAUAUUCUGAUGUUUUCAAAGUAGUUUUCAUAACUGAAAAUGUUUGGGUAAUAGUUUAUUCUACAUUUGUAUACAGUAUAUUAUUAUUUUUUCCCAGCAGUGGCCCUAGUAAUUCCAAUUUAAAGCAAAAAUAUAUUUGAACAGGACCACUUACUGUUGCAGUAAUAUUUACAGGAGAGAGUAUUGCGGGAUAAGAAGCAUAAGAUGUGUUGCAUGUUACAUGAUCCUCAGCAUUAGUAAACAUUUUGGUACGGGAACAUUUUGAUGUAUCUGGUGAGGAAGUGCAGAUCCAUGGGGGAAGAUGUGAUGCACAGUACGGACGUGUUAUGCCCGUCACUUGAUCUCAGUCUGUUGAUAAGCAGACCUUAGUGCUACUGCUGCAGGGACAGUGUGGGGUCUGAAGUUAACCUUUUCUAUUUGAGUGCAGUGUUUUGACACCAAUUUUCUUAGUUUUUUCGUCUGAGAUGAAAACCGUGUUUGUGUGGAUAUUUAAAACUUGCACAGUAGUGUUGAUUUCAGUGAAGUGUGCCAACAGUGCCAAAACUUGUGCAUUUAUUUUUUCCCAUGGAUCCUGAAAAGCCCUCUGCCAACCCCUGUGUGUAUUUAUAAUUGAUGUUCUUUUCUGAGUGUUCUAUCGUUUGCGUUUAGUUGUUUUGCUGCAUGUUAAGUUAAACCUUUUUUGCAUGUACUCUUUUGUCUGCUUUUAUUGUUUUAUUCAGGUUUUUUUUUUUUUUUGCAUCUCCAAGCACAGGGCCAUGUGACCAAAACCAUAGUAUUUAUGUCUUGUCUGUUUUUGUUUUUUUAACAAUAAAUAUUUUAAUCCUUA